AUUCAGAGAGGAAGCAAAGUUUCAACAGUGAAAUCUCUGAAAAGUUUUGCUUGGUGGAUUUCCAAUCUCUGAAAUGGCUGGGCAGAACGUGUUGCAGCUCCUGCCUCUUGCUGUCUUGUGCCUUCAUCUUCUUCUGCCCUCGUCGCUCUGUGAGAAUCUGAAAUGCUACUUCACCCCCAUCCUGGAGAAGGAGAAGAAGAUUGAACUUUCAGUGACGGAGUGUUCUCCAAACGAGGUGUGCUUCCACGCGCUGGGUCAUUUCGGAAACUUCACCGCCUUGUCGGCAAGGGGGUGCCUGCCAGAGAAGAACUGUGGAAAAGCAAACAGCAUCCGGUUCAGAGGAGCAGCCUACGCCAUGACCUACGAAUGCUGCGACUGGUCGUACUGUAACUCAGACCAAGCUCCUAAUCCCUGCAAAGGAAAGCAAUCCUGCAGCAUAAAACCAUCUCCAGAGACGGCGUGUUCAGGGUGAAGUGUGGGUUCGCUUCUUCCACGAUUUCCUUCUUUCAUUUCUCCCAAUAAAG